GAACACGUCUCACUUCUGUCUCAUUGGCUACUGGAACUCGUCACCUGCUUGGGAGGCGACGUCGAGCUCACACUUGGACUUGCGCUAAGUUAUCUUCGACGAAAGGAGCCAGGAGCGAACAGCUGUGCCCGGUGACGUGUCGCCAAUACACGCGCGUGGUAUAUCUGCCGACAAUUCCUUCGACGCGAACCAGAUCUUUCCUGCGCAGAUGGCCUCUCCAGCACAACAACUACCACCUGGAUGGGCAGCAGAAUGGGAUCCGACGAAUCAACGGUAUCUCUUCAUAGAGACCGCGACAGGCCACUCGCAAUGGGAGGUACCCGUCAUCAACCCUGAACUCGGUGGCAUGCAGCCAGGAAUGUCGCCCAGCAUGUCACCGUCCAUCUCUCCAGCACCCGCACACCACACGAAACGUCGACAGUAUGCUGCCGGCCAGACACAAGCAUACUAUGGCGCUGCAGAUGGCCUCACACCUCAGUACGGCGCGGCCGCACCACAGCCUGGCCCUCCUGGCCAGCCCGGUCAGCCUGCGCAGCUCUUCACGCCCGGUCUGGCAGCAGAGAACCAGUUUCAGCAGCAGCAAAUGGCGCAACAGCAGUCUGGCUACUUCGGCGGCGCGCAGCCUCCACCAGAGCCGGAGUACAUCAAUGCACCUGGCUUCGGGCAGCAGCCGGCACCGGCGGUGGGCGCACUGGCGGACCAGUUUGGGCAGAUGAACAUGGGCGUGAAGCGGCCCCAGCUCUACACCACGAACCUCCUGACGGCGCCGCCAGACCCGCGGGAGCUGCACCGGCCUCCGCCCGAGAUCUGCCUACCGCCGAACUCAAGCAUCUCGCCGUCGCCGUACGCGAAUGCGGACCCGUCGUAUCAGCGGUGCACACUGAAUGCCAUCCCGGCUACGCACUCGCUACUGAAUAAGUCCAAGGUCCCGCUUGCGCUCAUUAUCACGCCGUACCGCUCACUGGAAAAGGACGAGGAGCCGGUCCCGCUGGUAACGGACACGGUCAUCGCGCGCUGCAGACGCUGCAGGACGUACAUCAACCCAUACGUACAGUUCAUCGACGGUGGCAACCGGUGGCGUUGUUGCAUGUGUAACAUGUCGAACGAGGUCCCGCAGUUGUUCGACUGGGACCAGGUCCGGAACCAACCUGGCGACCGCUGGGCGCGUGCGGAGCUGAACCACUCCGUCUACAUGAUCCGGCCUCCCCAGGCGGCGGUGUACGUGUUCCUCAUCGAUGUGAGCCAUGCGGCCAUCCAGAACGGCAUGCUCGCGACCGCCACGCGCACAAUUCUCGAGAACCUCGACCGUAUUCCGAACGAGGAGAACCGCACGAAGGUCGCGAUCAUCGCUUUCGAUGUCUCGCUUUACUUCUUCUCCAUGCCGCCGGGCACGACGGAUUCGUCUAUGAUGGUCGUCUCGGACCUCGACGACGUCUUCUUGCCCAAGCCCACGGAUCUGCUUGUUAACCUGUCGGAGGCCCGUGCAUCGCUGGAGGCACUGCUGGGGAGACUUGGCGACAUGUUCACGGAAAACCACACGAUCGGCAGUGCCCUUGGUCCUGCGUUGCAGGCAGGAUUCAAGCUGAUGACACCGAUCGGUGGGAAGAUAAUCGUUCUCUCCGCCAGCAUUCCUUCCAUCGGACCCGGUACGCUCAAAAAUAGGGAAGACCCAAAAAUUCUUGGUACUUCCAAGGAAUCCGGUCUCCUUCAAGCUGCAUCGCCCUUUUAUAAGACCUUCGCCAUCGAGUGCUCACGCGCCCAAGUCUCGGUGGACAUGUUCCUCUUCAGCGCGUCCUACCAGGACGUUGCCACCCUUGCCUGCCUUCCCCACUACACCUCGGGUCAGACCUACUUCUACCCUGCGUUCAAUGCCUCGCGCACGGAGGACGCGAUGAAAUUCGCACACGAGUUCGGCGAGGUCCUUGCGAUGCCGAUCAUGCUGGAGGCGGUUAUGCGCGUCCGUGCAUCCAAGAAUCUACGCAUGUCAUCGUUCCACGGCAACUUCUUUGUGCGCUCCACGGACCUUUUGGCGAUGCCGGCAGUGCCUGAAGACCAGUCGUACGCCAUCGAGGUCACGAUUGAAGAUACUCUCACAGCGCCAUUCGUUGUCUUCCAAACUGCCGUCCUGCAUACGACGUGUUAUGGCGAGCGUCGCAUUCGUGUUAUUACCCUCGCACUGCCCACGACGAGCAAUCUUUCAGAGGUAUUCGCGUCCGCAGACCAGAUUGCCAUCGCCACCCUACUCGCGAACAAAGCUGUCGAGCGCUCAAUCACGCACAAACUCGAGGACGCACGGGACGCGUUGUUCAGCAAGACGGUGGAGAUUUUGCAGGCGUACAAGCAGAGCAUGACUGCUGGUGGUGCGGGCGCAAGUGCGCAGUUGGCGAUCUCGGACAACAUGAAGAUGUUGCCAGUGCUGGUCCUAGGAUUACUCAAGAAUGUCGGCAUCAGGCAGAGCGCGCAGAUCCCUCCAGACCUCAGGGCAUACGCUCAGGCUCUCCUCACGUCUCUUCCAUCUCAGCUUCUCAUCCCGUACUUGUACCCAACGUUCUAUUCCCUGCACGGCAUGCCACCAGAGUGCGGCACUGUCGGCGAGCACGGCGUCAUCUUGCCUCCCCCUCUUCCGCUUACCUCCGAGCGACUCGAGAGACAUGGUCUGUUCCUCAUCGAGGACGGCCAGACGAUCUUCCUCUGGGUUGGUCGUGACGCAGUGCCUCAGCUCAUCAUGGACGUAUUCAACCUGCCCAACUACGAGGUACUCCGUGGCGGGAAGACGACGUUGCCAUUGCUGGAGAACUCGUUCUCGCAGCGCGUCAACGCCAUCGUGCAGAAGAUCCGGGAGAUGCGUCGUGGUGUCUACUAUUCACACCUCUACAUAGUAAAGGAAGAUGGGGAGCCGCCACUGCGGUUGUGGGCCCUUAGCUGCCUCAUCCAGGACCGCUCCGAUGUCCUGCCAAGUUACCAGCAGUUCGUUGGCCAGCUCAGGGAUAAGGUUAACGGCUCGAGUUAUUGAGCGGACUUCUUGUUGUGGAAUGACGGGUUUGAUGAUCCUUCUCCUGCCUAACGUAUUGGAACGAUGACGUCUCUCGCAAUGAAAUGUAGAAUAGCCCGUUGCGCGGAGGAACGUAAUGAUUUCUGUUAUCUGCAAAUAC